CAGAACUUGAAGCUCCCGGGAGAUAACGAAUCUAAUAUUAAUAAUUGUCUCGUGAAGAGAAAGUGCUGCAGCAUUCCAAGGGCGAUCGAUGAAUCUGACUUCAUAUGGAAUCUUUUAAAUUCCAGCAAUCGGGAGGAGGAGGCUACAGAUUUGCAAAGCAAUACCUGGGUUGAUUUACCUUCUGUUGCAUGGAAACAGGAUAAAGAUGGGAGACAACUGGAAAAGAAAGCCCAGCGUCUGCCAUGGUCCUAUUCUUCCACGAAUACAGAUCCCUUCAUCUGCUCAGGACACCUCCUUAAUGAAGGAUUUGAAAAGAGGACAGAAGCGCUACUUUUACAGCAUUAUGAGAAUAUAUGACAGCAAAGCGCCGAGGGAAAUGUUGUACCGUCGGUAUGUGAUCAAUCUCCAGCGCCAGAACGUGCAGGGGCUCAUCACAAAGCAGCAAGUCAAAUAUUAUGCAUCCUACCUGAAAGAUUAAAAAACCCCGCAGAGGAAUCAAGGCUGGGAACUGCACCUCCCUUGAAG